GCCGGGUUUUAUUGAUAACCUAUUCCAACAUCGUUUCAAGUAAACUACCAAACAAGCAAACCAUAAGAUGGCACGGCAAGAGAUCAAGAUUAACACUACGCUUGUAUUUUGUGGAAGUGUCUGAACAUUGAUCAAGUUACACCUACGAAGUUUGUAUUGAUGACAAGAGUUUAAUUGGUAUUACAAAAUGGCUUCUUCAUCGAAAGAUGAAUCUUCAGACGAAGACCUGUAUGGAGAUAUUGAUGACAUGUACGUGAGUCAGUCAGAAACGGAGUCCAUACCCAAGCCGGAGGAUACUUUGAUAUCAGACUCACAGAAUAAACCUGAUACCUCAAAACCAUGGACAACAUCACAGUCUGACAUGAGUGAUGGUAACGCUGAUGAUAUGAAUGAUCUUGACCUCUAUGAUGACCUUAUUGCUGAGGAGGAUCGUCAGAAAAUUGAAUCUUACCAGGAGAUUCGGUUUCAUUUGAGGACGAGGCAGUGGCAGGGUUUUCCUCACAUGCAGAUGACAGAAAACACAUCAUUUUAUGUUGGUGUGCCAUUUUUGUUGAAGGGUUUACGGAAUAGAGAGACUUAG